AAAAAAUCCAGUGAUCAUGUGUGGAAUACUAGCGGUUUUGGGUUGCUCUGAUGAUUCUCAGGCCAAAAGGUUUCGCGUUCUCGAGCUCUCUCGCAGAUUGAAGCAUCGGGGUCCCGACUGGAGUGGGUUAUACCAGCAUGGUGAUUGUUAUUUGGCGCAUCAACGCCUAGCAAUCAUUGACCCUGCUUCUGGUGAUCAGCCACUCUUUGAUGAAGACAAGAAGAUUGUUGUAACGGUAAAUGGAGAGAUAUACAAUCAUGAGGAACUGCGGAAGGGUCUGCCUAAUCACAAGUUCCGAACUGGUAGCGAUUGUGAUGUUAUCGCUCAUCUUUAUGAAGAAUAUGGGGAGAAUUUUGUGGGCAUGUUGGAUGGAAUGUUUUCUUUUGUGUUGCUGGAUACACGCGACAACAGCUUCAUUGUUGCCCGUGAUGCCAUUGGGAUCACUUCCCUCUAUAUUGGCUGGGGACUUGAUGGCUCUGUUUGGAUUUCAUCUGAACUGAAAGGAUUGAAUGAUGACUGUGAGCAUUUUGAGACCUUUCCACCUGGGCACUUGUACUCUAGCAAAGCAGGAGGCCUCCGAAGAUGGUAUAACCCUCCUUGGUUCUCCGAGGCUAUUCCAUCAACUCCAUAUGAUCCACUUGUUCUGAGAAGUGCUUUUGAAAAUGCUGUGAUUAAAAGGCUAAUGACUGAUGUACCUUUCGGAGUUCUGCUAUCUGGAGGCCUCGAUUCAUCGCUAGUGGCUUCUGUCACUGCUCGCUACUUGGCAGGGACAAAGGCUGCCAAGCAAUGGGGAGCACAACUUCAUUCCUUCUGUGUUGGACUUGAGGGCUCACCAGAUCUGAAGGCUGGAAAAGAAGUUGCUGAAUAUUUGGGGACUGUUCACCAUGAAUUUCACUUCACUGUUCAGGAUGGCAUUGAUGCAAUUGAAGAUGUUAUUUACCAUAUUGAAACUUAUGACGUGACGACAAUCAGAGCAAGCACGCCUAUGUUCCUCAUGUCGCGUAAGAUUAAAUCCCUGGGAGUGAAGAUGGUCAUCUCUGGCGAAGGCUCAGAUGAGAUUUUUGGUGGUUACUUAUACUUCCACAAGGCACCCAACAAGGAAGAGUUCCACCGUGAAACAUGUCGCAAGAUAAAGGCCCUGCACCAAUACGAUUGCUUGAGAGCAAACAAGUCUACAUCUGCUUGGGGUUUAGAAGCUCGGGUCCCAUUUCUCGAUAAAGAGUUUAUCAAUGCUGCUAUGAGUAUUGACCCUGAGUGGAAGAUGAUUAAACCAGAGCAAGGACACAUUGAGAAGUGGAUUCUUAGAAGGGCUUUUGAUGAUGAGGACCAUCCCUAUCUGCCAAAGCAUAUUCUGUACAGGCAGAAAGAGCAAUUCAGUGAUGGUGUUGGUUAUAAUUGGAUUGAUGGGCUCAAAGGACAUGCGGAACAACAUGUGACUGAUAAAAUGAUGCUUAAUGCUGCACAUAUCUUCCCACACAACACCCCAACCACAAAGGAGGCUUACUACUACAGAAUGAUCUUCGAGAGGUUCUUCCCACAGAAUUCAGCCGGGCUGACUGUCCCGGGGGGUGCUAGCAUAGCAUGCAGCACAGCCACAGCUGUUGCGUGGGAUGCUUCCUGGUCGAAGAACCUUGAUCCUUCUGGUAGAGCCGCACUGGGAGUUCAUAAUUCUGCUUAUGAGGAGAAGCUACCUCCAGUUGCAAAUGGGACUUUGGCAUCAAAGAUUAUUGGCAAUGUCCCACAGAUGAUGGGAGUCACUUCUCCAGAACUGACGAUACGGGGCUAGUAUCCGAAUCCGAUUAUGGAGGAUGUACAAGUUUUAAUGGUAGAAGUUGCAGUAUGUGUUUUUAGAUGCCCUGCUGUGUGAACUUACUUAUUAGGAGGGGAUCAUGUAAAAGUGGAAUGAAUAAUAAUACAGUAGAAUUGUUCAAGUAGCAGGUUUUUGUGGUGUUUGAUCCACAUAUAAUGUAACCAACUUCCCCACUGGGGAGCGACCGUGAUCAAUUUCAAAUGUUUCUAGCUACACUGAUUUUCACACUAUAUUUGGUCCACUGGAG